ACAGCGCAACUGGAAGGGGAUAAUCAUCGCGGUGUUGGUGAUUUGCUCAGUGAUCGGCAUGAUCAUCACGUCGGUGAUGCUGCUCACCCCGCCCGACACCGGACCCAGAAUCAAGGGCAACAGGACGACGCUCAAGCAGUUUCUCGACGGCGACUUUAAUGUUAGGAGUUUCAACGGUACCUGGAUAUCCAACAAUGAAGUCGCAAUCUUGGACCCGGCGGGAGGCCUGACUGCCCUCCACGCGCAGAACCUCACCAUCACGCGCAGCCUCGUCAGUAACAUCACCUUCAGACAACUGAACGUGGAGGACUACAGCGUGUCAUCUGACCAGGAGUGGGUGCUGCUGGCGGAGCAUCACAGAGGGACGACCAAACACUACGACCUGUCCAAGUAUCAUCUCUACGAAGUCAGUUCGCAGCAUUACUCGACUCUGACGCCCACGCCGGGGGUGAGGCGACACCCCGGGCUGAGGCUGGUGGAGUGGUCGCCCGUGGGCGCCGCGCUCGUGAUGGUGGACGAGAACUUCAACAUCAUCUACAAGCCGCACGUGGGCGAGGCCGAGCAGGUGCACAUCACUGAUGAUGGCGAAGCAGGGGCCAUCAUCAAUGGCGUCGCAGACUGGCUCUAUGAAGAGGAGGUGUUGCACUCACGCAAGGCCCUCUGGUUCUCGCCGUCGGGAGAGCGGCUCUUGUACGCGCAGUUCAACGACACCCUCGUGAGGGAAGUGCCCAUCACCCAGUACGGCGUGGGUGCCAAGUACCCCAGUCUCACCAUGGUCAGAUACCCAAAGCCUGGUGAUGCAAUCCCAAGAGUAACGCUGUGGAUGGUCGACUUGGCUUCAGGAAAGUAUGAGAGGCUGAGCGACAUCAAGCCUCCAGAAGUGAUAAGAGACCAGGAUUAUUACGUCACUGCAGUCACGUGGGUUGCUAAGAACUCAGUGAGUGUGGUGUGGAUGAACAGGCCGCAGAACACGUCCAUCAUCUCAAUUUGUUCAGAACCACAAUACUACUGUGAACCCAUCCAUACGGAACACUCGCAUCACGGCUGGACGGAGAUAUACGAAGCUCCGAUAUUUUCUGAGAACGGCAUGAGUUUUUUAGUUCGGCUUCCUGUAAGAGACGGCGAGCACGGCAACUUCGCUCACAUUAAUCUUUAUGAUGUGAACAUGAGAAGAGUCACACCCAUGACCCACGGGCCCUUCGAUGUCACUGAGAUCCUCGGAUGGGAUGAGCAGAAUGGAUACAUAUAUUACAUCGCCACCGUGGAGGAAGAUCCCGGCGCCCGACAUGUGUACAGAAUACCGUUCGUGUUAGCGCCGCUGCUGCGACAGGCCGACUGUAUUUCCUGCUCGGCUUUCGAGAACCUAACCUCCCAUUGUCUCUACAAUAACGGAAUCCUUUCGCCGGAUUUCUCAUAUAUUAUUUUGGAGUGUCUUGGCCCCGGUUUGCCCAAGAUUUACCUCUACUCAACCAAUACAAGUUACCAGGAGAUUAUGGAGCUAGACAACUACAGUCACUUGCAAGACCUAUUGAACAAGACUGCCAUGCCACAAGUCAAAGUCUUCAAAGUCAAGCUGGACGAACGAGACUCCGCCAUGGCGCGCGUGCAACUCUACCUUCCACCCGGUCUGCGGGAAGACGAGCUUACCAAGUACCCCGUGGUUGUGGAAAUUAACGCAGCGCCCGGUAGCCAGUCCGUGGACUGGCGGCUGAAGCCUGACGUGGGACUGUACCUCGCGUCGCACGCCGACAUGAUCUACGUUAGGAUAGACGGCCGCGGCACCGGCAACAACGGCGACAAGUAUAAGCAUGAGGUUUACCACAACCUCGGCGUCAAGGAAGUGGAGGACCAGCUCGCUGUGCUGGAAUAUAUGAAGAAACAACUGCCGUUCAUCGAUGCUUCCCGCAUCGCGUUAUGGGGCUGGCAGUAUGGGGCCUUCAUCACCCUCAUGGCCAUGGCCAGGGAUAAGGAUGACGUCAUCAAGUGCGGCCUUGCCGUCGCCCCCAUCACGAGAUUCGAGCACUAUGACGCGGUGUUCAGCGAGCGGUACAUGGGGUCACCCCACAUCCUGCCAGGCAGUAACUACAAGGGCUACGAGGCAGCUGACGUCACUAAGGUGGCUGGCAACCUCAAGAACAAAUUCCUGAUGUUGGUGCAUGGAACCGCUGACCAUUCAGUGCACUACCACCACACUAUGCUGCUCGCCAAGGCGCUCGCUGAUGAGGGGAUACUCUUCAGACAAAUGACUUACAGUGAUGAAGGCCACCGCUUAUUGGGCGUCAAGGAACAUUUCUACAAGACGCUAGAGAUGUUCAUAUCGGAUUGCUUCAGACCAAGCGUCGAAGAAAUAUACUACCACAUCAAGAAGAAGAAAGAACUCGAGGAAAUAGCCUACGUAAGCACCACACUCGAGGUCUACGAGCUCGAAACACCCGACCUUUGUUCUUCCAAUUGCACAGGGCUAGCUUCCCUCGAUCACUAUCAGGUAAACUAACGAGCAACACCAACACUUCCCAUCUCCACAUACGAAGACAAGAACAGGAAAUUUUUACAAGCAAGCGCAUCAAGAUAUUCAUUUUUCCUAACAUCGCAAGAAGUAAUUACCGAAUAUCAAUAAUAUGGUUCAUUUGAUAGAUGCCUUGUAUUUUUAAAUAUAAUUA